AACAAAUCCUUCAGCCGCUUCUGCAAUGGAGGGUGACCUUUGACCGUUGAUCUGGAGGAGCCGGGAAGGAGCAGCUGAAGCCUGUAUUGUGGGUGGUCGAGUUUAGAAAAGGGGCCCAGAAGACAUCCCUUUCUGGCUGCUCCUAAUUACUGUGGACGUCAGGAGCAACAGUGACCAAAAAAGAUGCAAGAAAAGCGAAACGUUCAGAUAAUAGAAUGGAAAGACCUGGAUAAGAAAAGAUUCUACUGUAUUGGUGUUGUUAUGGCUCUGUCGCUGCGACUUACGGUGUAUCCAGCCGCACUGAUCAGGACAAGGCUUCAGGUACAAAAAGGGAAGAGUCAUUACCACGGCACUUUUGAUGCAUUCUUUAAAAUCCUGCGAGCCGAGGGUGUACGAGGACUUUACAGAGGGUUUCCAUUGAACACAUUGACCCUAAUCUCUGGCCAAGGGUAUAUUACUACCUAUGAGCUGGUACGCAUGUACGUGUCCAACUACAGCAAUAAUAAUGCCAUUAAAUCGCUUGUAGCAGGAGGCGCGGCGUCGCUUGUGGCACAGAGCAUCAUAGUGCCCAUUGAUAUCAUAUCUCAGCACCUGAUGGUGGCAGGCCACGAUGGGGACCUUGGCAGGUUCAAGCUGUCGUCAACUGAUGGAAAAUACAAACGAGCAUUUGGACAAACGCAGGAGGUUAUCACUCAGAUUUUCAGGAUUGACGGCCCAAAAGGGUUUUACAGAGGAUAUUUAGCCUCCUUGUUGACGUAUAUUCCUAACAGUGCAGUGUGGUGGCCUUUUUAUCACUUCUACGCAGAGCAGCUGUCAAAAGCAGUUCCCAAUGAUUGCCCUCAUCUGCUCCUUCAAGGAAUUGCUGGACCAAUGGCAGCAGUCACCGCAUCUACACUCACCAACCCAAUGGAUGUAGUCAGGGCUAGGGUUCAGGUGGAAGGGAAGUCCUCGAUAAUUAUAACCUUCAAGCAGCUUCUGAGAGAAGAAGGUCUGUUGGGCCUGACCAAGGGAUUGUCAGCUCGUAUCUUAUCCUCAGCUCCAACAACUCUCCUCUUGGUGGUUGGUUAUGAAACACUGAAGAAAAUAAGCCUGAGGCAAGAGCUAGUGGAAUCAAGACAUUGGGCAUCUUCAGUCCUUCAAGCGUCUUCCCAAUGAUGGAUGGCAGCCUAGUGGACCUCCACCAGCUCUGAUUUGUCCUGUUUUGAAAGUUGGAACUACAUGAGCUAACCUAGAGGAACAAUCCCUGCCUUUAUGGAAGGUAUAGGCAAGGGGCUGACAGAGCUACUCUCCCAGCUCUUUCAUACUGUUACAAGAUUUUAAAUUAGAUACAGGUUAUACUCUGUCAUGUGGAAUGCAUUAAAAGGGCAGCUCUAAUUCUGGUAUAAAUGAAAUAAGGCAACCACUAGCUCCACCAAGAUAAGAGUGUAUUUCACGAGUGUAAAUUGAGGAAGAUAAAUUAGGAUAAGCUUCGAUAUUUUGGUGCAUGACAUUAUCUCAACUCCUCCCAGCAUUACACCAUUUGGCUGCAUAUGUUACAGACCUCUCCAUUUAAUGUUAAUAUGACACUUUAUUAAAGUAGGGUUGUAGGUGAGACAUUAAUAUGUCAUUAACCCCAAUGCUGCAGCUGCUACAGAAACUGCACUGAACUCUAGGCUUGACAUACCUGUUUCUGUAUUAGCACCUUGUGGUUUCCAAAAGUAAAAUGCUAACUGCCUGAUAUUUUUAAUCAUGGCUUUGAUCAAAUCCUCCAACAUGGUACUGUACAAUUAUUUUUAAACCACUGACAAAUCCUUUACCGGUGAGAUAUCAUAUUCCUGCUGCACAGAGCAUUUUAGGUGCAAACUGUACUGAUUAAGAUUGCUGCAUGCACAUUUUCAGGUAGCAUCUGAACAGUGUUCAUCCAAUAGUUUUAGUCCAGUGAGAAAAUUGCUGACUGCUUACUGGAUUUGUUUCCCACAGCAGUGCACAGUGUACCUGUGCAGGUUGUUCUUGUUAACCUGAAUGGUGGUUAAAUGUUUGACGUAUUAAAGAUAAACCUUUCUGUC